AUGGCAGAAUCAAGCUCCUCAAUAUCUGAAAAUGUAAAUACACCCGAAGCCAAAGAAGAAUCACGAUCAUCAGAAAAUGAUAAAUCAAAUGAUCGAAAAAGUAAUCAAAAGCGGCCAACAGCCGAGAUUUAUGUGCCACGACAAAGAAGGGAAGCUGAUAUCGGGAAGGAGAAAAAAUCAAAAUCUGGUAAAAAAUCGAAAAAAAAAAAUAAAAUGAAGCCGAUAGAAACUGGACCACCUAAGAAGGCUGUUCCCGUCGAAAAUGCAAAUGCUACUGCUGGUUCUGAUUCUAUUCUCCCAGAUUCGAUCUCAAAUUCUACAGUAAUUACAGAGAAGGAAAAUGCCUUAACAAUGAAGCCGAUCAAUGAACCUGGUGGUGAUGUAAUACUGAAGGAAUCCUCCAAGAAAGGAAAUGAUGACAUUGCCAAUGAAAUAAAUAAUUUAAGCAUAAAUCAAAACACUUCUAGCCAAGACGCUAGCACAACGGUACAAGAAAGAAGCACUCAGGCGGUCGAGGUGGAGUCUCCUACUAAUAGUGCAGAGUCGGCUCAAGCGAUAUUUGAAAAUCAUGAAAGUUCGGAAGAAGAAUGGGAAAAGUGUUUUGAUGAAAGCGGAGAGUGCUUAGAUGCUAAGCUAAUGAAAGAACUGCGAAAUGUUGUGCCAUCCACCAACAAGAUGCAAUUAAAGCAAGCCGUAAAUGAUUACAGUAACUACGAUAUCAAGGAUGAAUACAGCCAUGUCUUGGAGAUGUACGAUUUCUCAGAAGCGUUGCAAACAAGUGACCUUAACGCAGCUUUAAAUGGUACCGGCUGCAAGGACUUUGUUAUAAGAUGGACUGAUGAUACCCAUGCUUUGAUUGUGUUGUCUGAUUCACAUGCAGAAUCCUUCCAACCGUUUAAGGCAAGACCGGAAACAUCAGCAGCAACUGCUCGUAGGAUGGUUGCAACUCAUCUAGGCGUCAGGCCAAAUAUCAGUCGAGAGCAAAGAAAAAUGGAAAUGCAAAAAGUAAAAGAAGCUAGAGAACAAAAAAAGAGGGAAGCCGAGCAGAAGCGAAGUAUCUGGGAUGGAUAA